GUGAGGCGGGUGGUGAGUGCGCGCCGCUGAUCUGGCGCGCAGUGCUCCUCGCGCAGGACCAGAGCGGUGUUCACUCGGCGGCGCGCCACGGCGCGACAUGCCCAGCUGAUGUUUAUUUAUACCGCGAGCUCGGUGGAGGGUGCGCGCGGGAGGCCCUCCCCUCCGCGGCACCACGGUUCCGCGUGAUGCAGCCGAGCGAGCUAGCCGACACCGCGCACGCCGCUAGCGGAAAUCCCCCGCAGCGCGGUCUCAACGGUGGCCGAUUCGACUUUGAUGAUGGUGGCACAUAUUGUGGUGGCUGGGAGGACGGUAAAGCCCACGGUCACGGUGUAUGCACCGGCCCCAAAGCGCAGGGAGCAUAUGCCGGUUCCUGGCACUUUGGCUUCGAAGUUUCCGGCGUGUACACCUGGCCCAGUGGCAGCACGUACGAGGGCCAGUGGCAGAAUGGGAAAAGGCACGGGCUGGGUGUGGAGAACCGGGACCGGUGGAUAUACCGCGGCGAGUGGACACAAGGCUACAAGGGUAGAUACGGCGUACGGCAGAGCACUAUUAGCAACGCGAAGUACGAAGGCACGUGGGCCAACGGACUCCAAGAUGGAUACGGAUCGGAAACAUACGCCGAUGGCGGAACAUACCAAGGACAAUGGAUGCGAGGGCUUCGACACGGGUAUGGUGUGCGGACUUCAGCCCCCUUCGGGCUGGCGUCUCACUACCGCGGGGGCGCGCGCCAUCACCGCGGCUCGCUGUCCUCGCUCACGGAGGCGGGAGGCGCUGCCGAUCCCUCCGAGAGGCGGACCACGCGCAUGGACGACGCCAGGGGCGGGUUCGUGCUCACCGUCAGCUCCGAUGAGCCGUCGGGCCGGCGGGGUUCCCUCUUCGAAAAUACUAAAAAGAGACUAUUUCCUAAGCUGGGCAAGCCGCGUAGCGCCGGCGACCUGGAAAAACAUGGCAGUAGCUCGGUCCGCUCGGGGGGCUCCGGGGGCUCGGCCUCCUCGUGGGUGUCCUCGGUCGAGAGCACGCACUCCGCCAUGACUCAUGCCUCUCAGCAUACAAACUCGAACACAAGUUUCAUAGUAGAGGAUGAACAUUUGGACGCAAGUGUUACAGAGACAUAUAUGGGUGAAUGGAAGAAUGAUAAGCGCACGGGUUUUGGGAUCAGUGAACGCAGCGACGGACUGCGAUACGAGGGCGAGUGGAGUGCAAACAGGAAGCACGGCUACGGAGUUACCACUUUCCGCGACGGCACCAGGGAAGAAGGCAAAUACAAAUACAACGUGCUUAUCACCAGUCAGAAGAGGAAACACAUGUUCCUCAUGCGAUCAGCGAAGUUUCGGGAACGCGUUGACUCGGCUGUGAACGCCGCACAGCGUGCAUCCAAAAUAGCUGUCCAGAAAGCCGACAUUGCUAUCACCAGAACUGUCACAGCUCGAGGGAAAGCCGAACAGGCUGAUGAAGCGGGAGAUCAGGCCAAAGAAGACUGUGAUGUUGCGCAAAUGACUGCUAAACAGUUCGCUCCAGAUUUUAAACAUCCUGGUUUUGAAAGAAUAGGAUUAAGAGAAAAAUAUAGACAAAGGAAUUACGAUACACAACCCGCACCACCUGUACCACAAGAAUCUGAAAAGGUCUUGGAUGGAAAGAGCAUUCCAAAUCAUAUCCCUCCGAUGCAUACACAAAUACCACAAACUAACGCAACCCCCUAUCCUAUGCCUAGGAGACCUUCCGCACAAUACCCGAAACCUGCUCAGCCCAUGGAUUCUAGGUUCACUAACAAUACAAAUUACAAUCCAGAUAAUAGAGCGCUUGGUCCACCGCAGGAUCCAUACUACACGCAUAAUCAAGACUCUUGGAUAACGACCAACAUGCAGUCUUCCAUUCCCGACAACAGAAAACAAUAUUAUCCUAACGAUCAACAACAAUCUAAUAUGCCUAAUAUGUAUGGGCCAACAGCCCCGAGCAACACUCAACCCCCGCCAGCCACGUACAGGUACGGUAGACAAGAUUCAAUACAACAACAACAGCAGCAGCAACAACAGCAACAGAGCAUGGACCAAGGGGGUCAACAGUUCUCAAAUCAGACACGAAGACAGUCGGCAGCAAUGCGACCAACAGUCAAUCAAAGGCCACCAGCACAAGACUGGAAUGUACCAGCUCAACCACAACCACCAGCCAGACGACAAAGUAUCCUGGCCCAACCUACACAUGAUGCCCAAGGUGUUCCUUAUGUCGACGGUGGCACAGCUGCGUACGGUCGCAACGAACUGCGCACUGGGUCUGUAUAUUCAGAAGGUCCACUGGAUAACAGGCAACAGGCAUCUACCGACCAAGCUUAUCGACAUCCAACGGAUCCUCAAGGUUAUCGACAAUCGGAACAAGACAAUCAAAGGCUGAAUCAAGCAUAUGGUUACCCUCCCGCCGACUCUCAGGGGUACAGGCAACCAACAGCUCCCACCGAACAAGAUAUCCUUAACGGGGCUCGUGAUGCGAGAGCACCUGGAUCACGGCCUUCUAUUGACUAUUUUGACCAUUAUAAAAGACCUCCCAGUAGAGACUCAAGCGUCGACAGAUACGGCCGACGCUCACGCCAACCUUCAGUCGAGGGCGCAUUGCCAAAUAGUGGGUCUCGAAGCGGGUCUGUGGCUCCACAAACGGUGCCAUCGCGGCCACCGUCACGUGCUGCCACUCCUGCCGGAAAUGGACAUGUGGCCUCGGCUCGCGGUUCUAUAUCGCGUGCAAAUUCCCGGGAUCUGCCUUUCGAAGACUCACUAUUACGUAAGCGAACACUCGGUCAGGAAAUAACGCCGUCACCAUACCAACCGAAACGGACAGAGAGUUUGUACGUGGCACCAGCUCCGGCUCCGCCACCUCCUGCGCCGCGGGGUGGGGGAGGAGGUGCUAGAAAGAUGCUAAGUACGCCGCAGACUCUACAGCGCAAGAAAUCGCUCCCGGACGUGGCUAGCAUGCCACGCGCCAUGGACGGCAGCGGCAUGUCGCGCGAGGAGGUGUCGGCGCUGGGCUCUGCGCGUCGUGAGGAAGUGCGCCGCAUGCACGAGGAGAGCGAGAAGCUGAGAGCCAAUCCUCUGCUGUAUUUGGUCAGUCCACAAGUCAAGGACUGGUUCUCUCGGCAGCAACUGGUGAUACUUGUGCUCUUCAUCAACAUUUCUUUGGGCAUCAUGUUCUUCAAGCUGCUCACGUAGCAUCGGCGUGCGGCGCCCAAGCGCCUCCUUUCCCCGAUGCAUUAUCGACACUUGUAAAUAUUUUGUAAUUUUUAAAACAAACAGCCCAACAAAUUAUAUUAUUCGAUAUGCGAAUUAAUUAAAUUAACGUUAUUAUCUAUAUUUCAUUAUCUAUUCCUUUUUCAACAUGAGUUAGAAAAACAUCUAAACGAAACGUAUAUUUGUCAAUAAGGACAUUUGUUUGCUAGUGUUGUUCUUUGACGUUGUGUAAGUGUGCAAGUAUGACGAUGAUAUUUAUUGAAUAGUGAAAAUAUGCUCCAUCACGUCAAACCGAUAAUAUCGGCAUGAAACAGUGCGCGAGUGAAUUGAACCCUAUGUUUAUGUAUUGCGAUUUGCGGUAUUGCGCCUGCGGUCCGCGGCUCGGCGGACGAUAUUUCGACUGUGCGGAGAACGAGUUGUAUGUGAGCCUGCAUAUUGUAGGUUUAUGCCUUCGACGAUAAACUGUUGUAAUAAACGUUAAACAAUUUAUAAAACACAAUCGUGUACAAAUAUACAUUACUUUAGUUACAUGCAGGAGGCAUACAAAAACCAAAUAAUUGUCGACUCCCACGAAGCAGAUAUUUUAGCAUUUUUGACUAUUCUAAAAUUCAGAUUUUCUUUACAUUUUAUAAAUAAAUAUUAUAAUUUGAAUUUUCUUCUACCCUGAACAAAUACUAUUAUUUGUUAAUUUCCUCACUACGAAUAAAUCCGGCUAAACGGACAACUGAAUCCUAUUGUAGAUAACAUUCAGUACAAAAAAUAACAAUGGAGAUUGACGGAAGUAGGUACAAAUUUGUGAAAUUACCUCUUUGAAAAGAUGCGCCCCAUAAGCAUACUUACCUAUUCCUACUAUGUUGUUAAUGUUAUUGUUGACACUUAUAAACUUUAUUACAAUUAUAUAACUUGUUUAUUAAAUUUGUCAAUUUUAAACUAUAAUAGCGAUCGUCGACGUUAAUUGACACAAUCAUCACGUGAUAGCCAAACCAGUAAGCACAAUUAAUAGAGGUGAUAAAUGUUUGCCUGACAUGUAAAAUUAUUUUUAAAAAUAAUUACCCAUGUAAAUAACUAAUACCGCUACCAAUUCCAAAAGAUUAUAUGUACUUAUUUAAUAUUUAUACAUGUAACGGAAAAUUAUCUGUAAGUAGAUAGAUACAUAGAUAAUAGAUAUAAUUGCUUGCAAAUAGCGAUAUCCAAUUGGGUCUACAAAACGCAUGUGCAUUAUUUUCUUAACCUAUAGACAUAUAAAAAUUAGUAUUGAUUACCAAAUUUUUAUACAAAAUUUAAUCUUCCUUUUAUACCUAUGAAGUCAAUUCUCUCGUAAACGAAAUGUUUUUUAUAGAUAAUACGUAUAAAAUAUAAAAACACGUUAUUGGCAUGGAAACCGUGCAAAUGAGACUGUUGAUACGUAAAAAUAUGUACCUUCAUAUUAUAGUAUGUAAAAUGUGUGUGUACAACGAAAGUUACCAGAAACGCACAUUCAUUGAAUGGAUGGUUCAAGUUUAUGAAGUUUACUAAGACAGUUGUCACAGUUUCAUCAUCAUGUGAAAACUUUAAGUUAGGUACUUAUAUCUAUAAGAAUUUUAAUUACUUGUAUCGAUUUUAUCUACGUUUCACAAAUAAAACAUUUUAACAAAACAAUAA